AUGGCGCUCCCGAACAAGUACCAGAAUGGCAACAUUGACUCCUCUGCCAAGGGAGUGUACAGGGCAUCGCCCGUCAAGCUCAUGAUUUACGGAAAUGGAACGAGCAGCCAGCUUUCAGAUGUCAUUGCCGAGCUCGGUGCUACAAAGGCCUUCAUCAUCACCGGACGAUCCUUAAACGAGAAGACUCCCGUGAUCAAGAAUAUUGAGCAGACACUUGGUUCUGCGCAUGGUGGUACAUUCAGCAAGAUUGGACAGCAUGCACCGAUCCAAGAUAUCAAAGAAGCCACCGCGCUGAUGACCAAAUCCGGAUGCGAUGUACUCAUAUCCAUAGGCGGUGGUUCGCCCAUUGACUCAGCCAAGGCUAUUGCAUACAAUAUCCACGAGGAGACCGGAAAGUGGAUACCUAGUAUCGCUGUACCAACGACACUGAGUGUAGCUGAGACGACGCAAAACGCUGGCUUCACCACCGAAGAAAAGCACAAGAUCGCCGUGAGCAACCCAGAACUUGUACCCAAGGCUGUGGUAUACGAUGGUGAGCUUGCCGUGUACACACCUUUGAACCUCUGGACAAGCACAGGAAUUCGAUCACUGGACCACGCAGUUGAGCUGAUGUACCACCCCCUGGCCGCCGAGAUCCCUACAAAACGCAUGUCUCUGGAAGCUAUCAAGGAUCUCUUCACAUACCUACCGCAAUCGAAAGCCAACCCCAACGACGCCGAAGUGCGAACAAAGCUCUUCGUUGCUUGUUACUCCUCACUCUUCCCCUUCCUGUACACCGGCGGAGUCGGCCUCAGUCACAGCAUCGGCCAUGCGAUUGGUGCAACGUACAGCAUUCCGCAUGGCAUCACCAGCUGCCUCAGUCUCGCACCGACGGUUCACUUUAAGGCGAGCAACCCAGAGGAGGCGAAGCAAAUCGCUAGGAUCAUCCCAUACAUCGGGAAGCAAGGUACUGGUAGCGAUGAGAAGGAUUCCCACGUCGUUGCCGAUGCCAUUGCUGGACUAGUCGAAGAGCUGGGACACAAGACCACCUUGACAGCUUACAACGUGCCGUCUGGCGAUGCGGAAGAAGAGGCUAUCGCAUCUCGUGCGCUACACAGCAAAGACCACAAGGACUUCGCUAGCUUGAAGCAAAUCGUGCACGAUCUGUACUAA